AUGCAGGUGGUCAUAAGUGUUAUAACUGUUACUCUGACAGAAUUCUCCACAAAUUCGGCUACCGCCAGUAUCAUCAUCCCUAUAGCAUUCAAUAUUAAGUAUUAUACAGGUCAAGGAAAGCAGGAAAAUCUGUUUCAGGCGGAAUCAGUACGAGCGCAUCCACUUUACUUUUCCAUACCGGCUGCAAUAGGUCCAUCAUUUUCUUUUAUGCUGCCGAUGGCUACGCCUCCGAACGCUAUCGUCUACGAAAGCGGGACCAUGCGUAUGAUUGACAUGGUUUCAUGCGGAAUUUUCUUGAACAUACUCUGCAUCUGUAUCACAGCUUUGAACAUGAACACCUGGGCGCACUGGCUGUUCUCCAUGGGCACCUAUCCGGAUUAUGUUUACAAUCAUAACAAUACAUCUCCAUGUCACGUGUAA